AUGGAGGUGAUUCUAAAGGAGAAGGAGGCUGAUGAUUGGGUUUACAGAGGCGAAGGAGCUGCUAAUCUUGUUCUCUCUUACAUUGGAUCAUCUCCUACAUUUAUUGGGAAAGUGAUGCGUAUACGGAAAGCUUCAAGGAGUGAUCCACCGACAGAGAGUUCAACCAGCCCUUCUGCUUUGACGGCUCAUGAACGGUAUCUCUGGAAAGAUGUUGACGAAGGCAUUUCUUCUUCUGACAACGAAAUUGCAAGCCAACUAUUUGUUCUUCAUGUUAUGAAGCGGUUGCUUGGUUCCAAAUUUGUUGAUGCUGGUAUGCAUGUCCAAGUCUCGAGAGGAUUUUUUGAAUCGGUUGAAAAGAAUGUUAUUCGUCAACGUCCUGCUUGGAGAGUUGAUACUGCCCAGGUCGACAUGCGUUGUGAUUAUGUGCUUGUCAUGUCAGAUCAUUCACUCUUUGACCAUGGUAAUCCAGAAUCUAGUCCCUGCAUAUCUGUUGAGAUAAAGCCCAAAUGUGGAUUUCUUCCUGUUUCAAGAUUUGUAUCUGAAGAAACUGCUAUCAAAAAGAGGGUAACUCGCUUUGAAAUGCACCAAGCCCUGAAAUUGAAUCAAGGAGAGAUAUCACUGCCAAGUGAAUACAAUCCACUUGAUCUGUUCUCUGGAUCUAAGGAAAGAAUUCAUAAAGCUAUCAAGGAUCUCUUUACUACGCCUCAAAACAAUUUCCGUGUAUUUAUGAAUGGGUCUAUCAUAUUUGGCGGACUAGGAGGUGGUGCAGAAGAUACAAAUUUGAGUAUUGCAAAAGCCUUUGAAACUGCACUUAAGUCCAUCAUUCAAGCUGAUGAUGGUUUAUGUACCGAGAACUUCCUCACUCUUGUUGCCGAAGCUGCCCAUAAAUCAGGAGCCCUUGAUCGGCUCUUGGAGGUUCAAAAGCUUGAUGAUGUUGACAUAGAAGGAGCUAUACAUGCUUAUUAUGAUAUUACUCGUCAACAGUGCAUGGUGUGCACGGAGUUGAAUGAAGAUCAAAUGAAAACAUAUACCCCUUUGCAUUCAGCUUCGUUGGAUGAAAGCUUGAGAAUUGUAAAGGACUACUUGAUAGCAGCAACUUCAAAAGACUGCAGUCUGAUGAUAUGUUUUAGACCAAGCAAAGAGGUGAAUUUGGGAUCCGUAUGGAGUAACGUAUAUCUUGAGUCAACUAAGCAAACAUUUGAUUUCAAGGUGCAUUUUAUCGACCUGGAUUUGAAGCGAAUGAGUAAAAUGGAAGAAUAUUAUGAAUUAGACAAGAAGAUAGUAAGCUGCUACAGAAAAAUGAUCAAGUUAGCGAAAUGA